UGCAAUAUAUUAUAUAAUAUAUAUGAACCAACCACAUUUAUUUCGCAGUAUUGAUGCGGGCCUUAUUAAACUUUUAUCGAGUCUGUCGUUCAAAAUCCUUGGCUCGCGUACUAACGACAAACAAAUGAAUUUGUUUUGGCGAACGAUUUAACGAUUUUGCCAUUUGCUUCAAAUGCUGGGUUUUUGCGUGUCGAUUUUAAGUGUUUAAUAGCUUGCUCAUUGCAAAAUUAAGCCUAAACAGUGUUCAGGUCGUUAAACAUAAUGUUUUGAAAAACGGUCCAAUCUUGGAAACCCACUAAAACCCUAAACACUUUGAAGUAACCAAUAACAUACAGCUACCAAUCGAGGCCUAAUGGACAAAAGUGAAUUAACACUAAGAAACUGAACGAAUUUGUAAAGCGAUGGCAUUCUGCCUCAAUAGCGCAUUUAAUAAAACUCGCCAAGGUGAAGAAAACAAUUUGUGGAAUUCGAGUGAGCUGGUUAUCGAGGAAAUGGGUGAAUAGUUUUGGUCCAUAAUAUAAUUCUAGAAAUAUUUUUGGAACAUAAGUAACCUAUAUUUCUAUCUCUGGUUUGAUGAAUCGAGUUAUCUGAUGGAACAGCAGUUGAUGUAUUUAUAUACAGACCUCGGAAAUAAUAAAAGCGAAAGAAGAUUUAAUGGCAUUUUUCAACCAAGCUCGUCAACAGUGAGACCUCUAGGUUUAUCCAAAAUUUAAACACGUUAGCAGACUCGAAAACCAGCCAUGACAACCACGUCGAACAGCAAAGACAGUUCAAGCUUAACAGAUCAACCUGAUUUCUACAUAACAACUGUUUUUAUUCUUUUCUUCCUGUCGCUGAUCAUCGCGUUGGAAAAUUUACUAGUCUUAAUAAGCAUUGGAAUGUUUAUUUUCAAAAAGUACUCCAUAAAUCCAUUUAUCUGUUCGCUGUCUUUGGCCGAUAUUCUCCAUUUUCUUGGCCCGGUUCUGAUUUCUCUUUAUAUUUACAUCUCCGAUAGACCACAAGGAUUUCAGCAACAUUAUUCUCUUUGUAAAAUUCAAAGUUGGUUGACAGUUUUCUUACAAAUGACAUCAAUGUUGUCGAUUGUGAUGCUCGCGAUAGACAGAAACCUUUUACUCACUAAACCAGUCUUUUAUGAAAGAAAGUGGAAGGGUUUAUUGUUGGUUGUAGUCGUCAUAACUUGUUGGAUGCUGUCCGCCUUUUUAUCUUCCUGGCAAAUGCUCUCAUCGGAGGAUGUCAAACCGACACGUUUCGCUCCCCAUAUUUAUUGCCUUUUUACUCCGAGCAGCAGCUUUGCGAUCAGUUUUGCUUCAAUUCAUCUCUUCUUCGUGUUGGUGUGUGUGGUUAGUGUGAUCUAUACAAGUUCUUCCAGGAAUUCUCUUUUUAGAGCUGAAUAUUCAAGUGCUACGGGAAAAAUUAAGGUUAAAAAGACAAGAAAUCUUGUUCAAGAAGAGUACACUCGUAAGAUGACAAGGAUGGUAUCGAUAGUGGUUUGUCUCUACUGUGCUUCACAUCUUCCUUGGAUGGUAGCCAUAUUUCUGGGUUACUUCAACGUUACCUAUCCACCUAUAUAUGGCCUACUGUCCCUGCAGUUCCCUAUGGUCAGCAGUCUUUGUAACCCAUUACUUUACGGCUUGGUCUGGCCGCCAUUCAAAAAUGCUUACGUCAAUACUGUGAAAGCUCCAAUGCGCAUGUGCAAGAGGGACACUCGGAAUAUUCGUUCGCACAGCUUUCAAGAUUCAAGCUUGAGCCGCAGUUACAGUUUUUGGUCAGCGGAAGGAUUCCCAGUGACUGCUGACCAGGAAGAAAACUCUCCUCAAGUCUUAUUUGGUCCCAGUUCUCACUCCAGCCAACCAAUCAACUUCAUGCCAGAAGAGCUCCGCAUAUUUGAGAAUGAGGGACUGACUGCGGACUCUAUAAGCCUUGAGAUUGUUGGCAAAGACGGCACUCAUGACGCCACAAGUGACGUCACUUGUAGCAAUAACAUCAGCACAGCUGCCACUAAUAUUGCACUGGACGCUAGUGGUCAGUUCCAGAGUAUUCUCGACUUAAUUGAAGAAAUGACGGAAGGCAAAUCUAGAGCAAAGUGCUCUUCCAAAAAAGGAAAAAAUCAGUCAAUUGAUUCGAAGGAAACCAGUAGAUACUGGUCAGCGGAUGAAAGCAGCACGCAUGCGCCUUCACAGAACGGAAGAACUAGUUCGACUACUGAUGGUGCAGUGGUCGUUGUAGACACUCAUCCUUGGGAACAGGAUCGACAAGGGACGGUUCGUUCGGGUAUCGCUGGGUGUGUCUGUAUUGGCAAGUCUGAACGUUACGUUAUUGACAAUAACAGAAAUCGAUACCUGAACUAUGCGGUUACUAGGGAAGUCACAGAGAUAUGUGACCCUAGUAACGAAGUGGGAGUUAUAAUGAACGGGAAAUAAUGGAACUCAGUUAUAGUUAUUUAUUAUUAAUACAAUUAUAAUAAAUAAAUAAAUUUAAUAAGUAAAAUAAUUAAAUUUAUUUAUCAAUAUUUUAUUCUUCGAGAAUUGAGUGCGAAACCAAUUUCACUGGAAAGACUCAAAUUUGAACAAAAAUAUAUCGCUUUUCCUUUCCUUCCAAUUGAACUUCUUACUCCAAACUAGCCGGACUAGGACUGUCUUGUAACUAAUGCAUUUGUAACUUGGUGGUAAUAAAGUCUUAGAUUUUGGCCAGUAUUAAAAGUUAACGGAGAAAGAGUGAAUAAUGACACAAAACUGAUCACGUGAGUUGAAUGAAUGAAAACUUGACAUUUCACUUGAAAU